GCGGCCCGCCCCGGAAGGCCGGCAGUGGCGGCGGGCCGGGCGCACGCGUGAGGCCCGGGGGGUGCCGGAGCCAUGGCGGAGCGCAUCGAGCAGCGGCUGGAGGACCGCGUCCCGGAGCUGGAGCAGCUGGAGCGGGUCGGGCUCUUCACGCGGAAGGAGGUCAGGGCCGUCCUGAGGAAGGCCUCGGCUCUGGAGUACAAGAUACAGCGGAGAGCGCUGCGGAAGGAGGAUUUCAUUAAUUACAUUCAGUAUGAAGUUAAUCUGCUGGAACUGAUCAAGAAAAGAAGAGCACGCAUUGGGUAUUCAUUUAAGAAGGAUGAAAUUGAGAACUCUAUUCUGCACAGAGUCCAUUGCCUCUUCAAGCGUGCUACAGGAAAAUGGAAAGAAGAUAUCCAGCUUUGGCUUUCGCAUGUUGCAUUUUGCAAACAGUGGAAUGCAAAACAUGAGCUCAGUAAGGUGUUCUCUUCCCUGCUGGCCAUUCAUCCCAAUAAACCAGCACUGUGGAUUAUGGCAGCAAAAUGGGAAAUGGAGACACGACUCUCAUCAGAAAGUGCAAGGCACUUGUUCCUUCGUGCUCUGCGCUUCCACCCAGAGUGCCCAAAACUUUACCAAGAGUAUUUCAGAAUGGAGCUGAUGAAUGCUGAAAAGCAGAGGAAGGAAAAGAAAGCAUUCGAACAAGCAAAGAUGGACUUGGGGGAAUUCAGUUAUCCUGAAGAGAUUCUCAAUGGGGAAAUGGCUCGCAUAAUCUACAGGGAUGCUGCUCAGAAAAUUAAAGGUGCUGAGUUCCACCUGGCUGUGCUUUCCAUUGCAAAGCUCUUUGAUUUUACUGAAGAUUUGCAAAAAGAAAUCCUGGAAAGUUUGCAGACCAAGUACGCUGAUGAUCCUCUUACAUGGGACUACAUGGCCCGUCGUGAGCUGGAGAUGGGGCCCAAGCAGGCCGCAGAACAAACCACAAAGCAGAUGAAAAUAACUGAAAUGACCCAGAGAGAGGAACGGUGCUGUGCGGUCUUUGAAGAGGCAGUGGGAGCACUGCCAACUGAGGACAUGUGGAAAUGCUACAUCACUUUUUGCUUAGAGAGAUAUAACAGAAAAACCAACAGUCAAGAAUUAAAGCGAAAGAGGCUGGAAAGGACACUGAGUGUGUUCAGCAAAACCCAUGAGUCCAAUUUGCUGCCAGAAGCUCUCUAUAAGCAGUGGCUUCAACUACUACUGGAGUCCAGCCAGUUCGAGAAGGCUACAGAGGUGGCAGCGGCUGCAACUACGCGCUUCAGCCAGUCAGUGGAAACGUGGCAGAUGAGGCUGCAGGUGCUGAUCCAGCUGAAGAGUGAUGCUGUGACCCAGUGUUUUGAAGAAGCUGUUAAGCACGUGAAAUCUCAGGGUGCUUUGCCAUUGUGGACCCUCUGGGUGGAAUGGAGUGAAGGCACAAACAGCAAGGAAGACACAGAAGCCCUCUACAAGAGAUCCUUACAAGCCACAACUCCUGCAGAAUCUGCGACUAUGAAAGAAAUGUAUCUCGACUGGACUUACAGAAAUGGUGGCUAUAAGAAAGUGAAAAAAGUCUUUACCAGCCUGUGUGAAAAUCGGCCAUUUUCACUUGACUUCUUCAAGAAGAUGAUCCAAAUAGAAAAGGAGCAGGAAUCCUGCAAAAUGCUUCAUCUGAGAGAAUACUAUGAACGUGCCUUGAGAGAGUUUGGUUCAACAGGUUCUGAUCUCUGGCUGGAUUAUAUCAAAGAGGAGUUAAAGCAUCCCCAAGGCAAACCAGAAAACUGCGGGAGCAUUCACUGGCGAGCUAUGAAGAUGUUGCAGGGGGACCUGGUGGAAGACUUUGUUUCCAAAUACACUUUAUUGCAAACUGGACAUUUAUGAGAAUUAUGAAAAACUAUGAAUAGUUACAACAUGACAGUGCACAUUUUUUUAACUUCUUUGUACAAAGAUAAAUAUGUUCCAGGAUCUCAUUAAAAUGUACCUUCUCUACGUUCUUGCAUGUGUGAAAAA